CCGCCUAGCAACACGCGGCUUCCCCGGGCUGUACUCCGUACGCCAAACACCACGAUUACUUCUUAGCUCUACGGAUGUCGCAAGUGCAAAUUCUAGCAUUUGUUGAGCUUUGGAGACAUUGAAAUUGUUUCGCAUUACCAUCGAGUCUCUUUUCCUUCCUUCUUAUGAUCCUGGGUCGUGUUUAGACCCUCCUCUUAUCGGGAACCCGCCUGCCUAGUUCGGCCACGAUGAAGGGUUGGCUUCAGACUUUGGGUCUGUCUGCCCUUUUCGCAGGGAGUGUGUUGGCAAAUGAAGUGGAAUUGAAACAAGACGAUGCGCACCGCCAGCGAUGUUCGGGGAUGUACAGCCGCAAGUCCUGGGGAGGAAGCGUCGAUCCGUUUAUCUUGACAAGGUUUUCGCAUGAUUCUGAGACCGGUGAUACCGAUCCUUUGGUCAGCUUGGUGAUUUUUGAAUGGACCGAUGAGGAAUUGAUCGGGAGGGCUGUAUCGGACAACCCGGAAGAAAUUGAAACGAUUUGCGACGAAGCGAGUGUUGACGCAGGCCUCUGUACGGAUCAAGAUAUCGGUUCUUUUAUUCUCGCCCCGAACGUGACGGAAUUAUCCAAAUUCCCCAUCAUCUCGAAAGCCAUCCACCUAAACAAUCCAGUUGCGGUGAAUUAUCCUGUGAAGAAUACCGGCUUCUAUUGUGUGAGCACAUACGGGUAUUCGGGACAGGACUACACAGCGGUGGUCGAAUUUCGGAAUGCGUACGGUGAGCUACCGGCAGCGCAGAUUGCGAAAUUGCCGUUUUAUGGUGGCUUGACGAUAGUAUAUGCCGUGAUUGGAAUUUUUUGGGCAUUCUUAUAUGUGCAAAAUCGCCAUGACAUCUUGCCGGUCCAGAACUAUAUCACGGCUAUUCUUGUGUUCUUGAUCCUUGAACAGUUGAUGACAUGGGGCUUCUAUGAUUUCCAAAACCGUCAUGGCUUGAACAUUGGUGCAAAAGUACUCAUGGUGCUUGUUGCCGUUCUCAACGCCGGGCGGAAUUCGUUCUCCUUCUUCCUCCUGCUCAUUGUCUGCAUGGGCUACGGUGUCGUCAAGCCGUCUCUGGGUCGAACCAUGAUCUACGUCCGCAUUCUCGCCAUUGCGCAUUUCAUCUUCGGUGUCAUCUACGCUGUUGCGAGCUUGUCAAUCACACCAGAUAGCGCCGGUCCGCUUGUGCUCCUGAUUGUUCUCCCGCUUGCCGCUACCCUGACUGGCUUCUACGUGUGGACUCUUAAUUCGCUGAACGCGACAAUGAAGGAUCUCAUCGACAGGAAGCAAAAGACUAAGGCGUUAAUGUACAAGAAGCUUUGGUGGUGCAUUUUGAUCAGCAUUGUCGUGAUUUUCGGUUUCUUUUUCAUCAACUCGUUUGCUUUUGCGGGCGGCAGCGACGCCAGUUUCGUACCGGACCACUGGAAGACUAGAUGGUUUGUCUUGGACGGUUGGCUCAACUUGGUCUACCUAUGCGACAUCGCUUUCGUCGCUUAUCUGUGGCGACCUACCGCCAAUAACAGACGUUUCGCGAUGAGUGACGAGCUUGCGCAAGAUGAUGAUGGCUUUGAAAUCCGCUCCUUUGGCAGUGCAUUGGACGAAGAAGAUGCCUUUGACGCUCCAGAGACCCAUAUCGGAACAGAGCACCGCCGCGAUCUUUCCCCUGUGCCUCCCAAACCUGUUCCGUCCGCACCUCGUCAAAGAGAGUCGCUCGACGGAGAGACGAUCUUCGCCGUUGGAGAGGACGGAGACAAGUGGUCUGGCGAUGAGGAUGAAGAAUCACGACGCGGUUCGACCGAUCGCAAGUCGCAAGAAGGCGACGCCAGCGAGAGGGAGAGAUUGACAAAGCGUACGGAUUGAUUUGCCUGCCAGGUGACAGGGGAUGUAGGGGGUUGAAUGAAAAUAUUACAACAUGCGCGCAUCGGUCGACGGUUUUGAUAAUUCGAUUCCACGGACAUAUGAAUGUGUUUAGCUCAAGUGUAUUUCUGCUAGCUUAGAUUAAUCUUUCUUUCCAGAUAUUAUGAUCUGUAGCUGUUAAAUGAAAGCCCAAUUUUUUGUUGGUCUCGUGACCGGAA